AAAUUUUAGAUUUUUGAUUUAAAAACAAUUUUUCAUACUAUCUAAAAAAAACUUGUUAAAAUAAUUUUAUAGGUUGAUGAUACCAAACGCAUCUUAAUAUUUUCUCCUUAAUUACUUUGUUUUUAUGAUAAAAUUAAACUACUAUUUACGUACAUAUGACGACAAUGAUAUACGUACGUAUAUACAUAUAGCACUAUAUGCUCGAUCUAUGGAUUACGCAUGCGUGUGUAUGUAUAAAUGUAAAGGCAUCGUCACGCUUCAAGUUUGUCUCUUUUAUACUAUUAAACUGAGAGUUUUCCUCUCAAACUUUACCCUUUUCUUCUUCGAUCCUCUUAAGAACCAAAAUUAAUUGAUCAAUAUAAUGGCGAUUUUACCCGAAAACUCUUCAAACUUGGAUCUUACUAUCUCCGUUCCAGGCUUCUCUUCCUCCCCUCCCUCCGAUGAAGGAAGUGGCGGAGGAAGAGACCAGCUAAAGCUAGACAUGAAUCGAUUGCCGUCGUCUGAAGACGGAGACGAUGAAGAAUUCAGUCACGAUGGCUCUGCUCCUCCGCGAAAGAAACUUCGUCUAACCAGAGAACAGUCACGUCUUCUUGAAGAUAGUUUCAGACAGAAUCAUACCCUUAAUCCCAAACAAAAGGAAGCACUUGCCAAGCAUUUGAUGCUACGGCCAAGACAAAUUGAAGUUUGGUUUCAAAACCGUAGAGCAAGGAGCAAAUUGAAGCAAACCGAGAUGGAAUGCGAGUACCUCAAAAGGUGGUUUGGUUCAUUAACGGAGCAAAACCACAGGCUCCAUAGAGAAGUAGAAGAGCUUAGAGCCAUGAAGGUUGGCCCAACAACAGUGAACUCUGCCUCGAGCCUCACUAUGUGUCCCCGCUGCGAGCGAGUUACCACUGCAGCGAGCCCUUCGAGGGCGGUGGUGCCGGUUCCGGCCAAGAAAACGUUUCCGCCGCAAGAGCGUGAUCAUUGAUUUAUGUAUCUUAGACACUGGACUGGAGUAUGGUUUAGAAGUCAACGAAAGUCAACCCUUGGGCUCAGAAAAAAUUGACGAUCACAUGAUUUCGUGUAAAUAUUUUAGUACUAAGAGACUGAGACUCUGUUCCUUCAACAACUUUUUGUAAAUACUAUUAUUAAUUUUUAUAACCAGAAAUCCAAUAUCCUUAA